UGCGGGAUCCGGUGUCUGCUGCAGCUGGCAGUGCGGCGGACGAGGGCGCGCCGGGCGAGCGCCGCCGGGCCCGCUAUUAAUAACGCGGCCGCUCAGCCCCGGGGUCGCACAGCCAUGGCCAGCCCGGAGCCGGGGCGCGCUGGGGACGGCGCUGCCCAGGCCGCGAGGACAACAGGAGCAGGGGAGACUCCCGGAUCCCUCAACAAGACAGAGGCCUGGAACGCAGAAGCUUCUCUCUCCCUGAACCUAGGUUCCGUGAACCUAGAAGACAGUCUCUACCUGGGGGACUCGGUUGACUGGGAUGAACCCCUCCUUGGGGAAGACCCGGAGAAGCCAACGGCACCCCUGUUCAUUGAGGAGGCGCCUAAUGGAGAAGAGUCCACGGGCACAGAGACCGCCCUGCCUGUGGAGGGGACCCUGAGGCCCGACGAAGUGCAGCUGGCGGAGGUGCCGGUGGAGCCGGGAGAGAGGCCAACGCAGGCUGCAGAGGAAGCAGAGGCAGAAGCAGAGGUCACCGCUGAGGUAGAGCCCAGUUCCGAGGAGAGCGCGGCAGCCACGCAGCAGCCCAGGGGGGAGCAGAACCUGGGCGCGGAGGAGCUGGAGGUGUUGGAGCAGCGCUUCCAGGAGUGUGUGCAGGCGGUGGCCCAGCUGGAAGAGGAGAGAGACCAGCUCAUUCACGAGCUGGUGCUGCUCCGGGAACCAGCCCUGCGCGAGGUGCAGCAGGUGCACGGGGACAUUUUGGCCGCCUACAAGCUGCACGCGCAGGCCGAGCUGCAGCGGGACGGGCUCCGGGAGGAGGUGCGGCUGGUCAAGCAGAAGCUGUUCAAGGUGACUAAGGAGUGCGUGGCCUACCAGUACCAGCUGGAAUGCCGCCAGCAGGAUGUGGCGCAGUUUGCCGACUGUCAGCAGGUGCUGACCACGCGGGCGGCCCAGCUCUCGGAGGAGCUGGCGCAGCUCCGGGACACCCACCGAAAGCAGAAGGAGGAAUUGCGGCAACAGCUCGAGGCGCCCCCGAGCCAGAGCGACGGGCACUUCCUCCAGGAGAGCCGGCGGCUCUCAGCACGGUUUGAAAGUCUGAUGGCAGAGAGCCGCCAGGGCCUGGAGGAUGAGUACGAACCACAGCUGCUGCGGCUGCUGGAGAGGAAAGAAGCCGGGGCCAAGGCGCUGCGGCAAACGCAGGCCGAAAUCCAGGAGAUGAAGGAGGCUCUGCGGCCCCUGCAGGCCGAGGCCCGGCAGCUCCACCUGCAGAACAGGAGCCUGGAGGACCAGAUCGUGCUGGCGAGGCAGAAGCGAGACGAGGAGGUGCAGCAGUACCGGGAACAGCUGGAGGAAAUGGAGGAACGACAGAGGCAACUGAGGAGCGGAGUCCAACUCCAGCAGCAGAAGAACAAAGAGAUGGAGCAGCUAAGGACCAGCCUCGCCCAAGAGCUCUCAACUUACAAGGCUAUGCUCCCCAAGAGUCUGGAACAGGCUGCGGCUUCCACUUCUCAGGCAGGUGGGAUCCAGACACAUCCUCAAGGUGACCUUGACGGGCACAAAGGGGCUGUUUAGAACUGUACUGCAGAAUCUGUAAUCCAGAAACAACAGAUAAACUUUCUUAGCAAAGGAUCACCAAGUAUUCUUCUGGAUACACUCUUUUCCAAACAGACAUGUGAUUGUCAGACU